UCGUGUGUGCACAUACAUUUUCAAAUCCUAUUUAAUAUAUAAAUUUAAUGAUGUCAAGUAAAUUUGUAACAUUUUUCAUAACAUUUUUAACACUUUUGCAUAAUAUGCAUAGUAAAAUACUACGUGGGACUCUCGUAACGCGUGAAAAUUGGGCCUUUCUCGCGAGAUUUUGUUUUCUCACAGAACAAGGCACUUUUCGGUACGAUUUAGAAAUAAGAGGUCAAGACACAUCUGUAAAUCUUUUGUUGUAUUAUGACGCACCUCAUCAAUGGCCAACCGUAUAUCCAUCUAAUAAGACUUGCAAAGAAAAAGAAUCUAUUUUAAGUAUUGCAAAUGGUCAAAUAGUACAACUAUCAACAAUAACAUCGGAAAGUUCUGGAUGUGUUUUAAAAAAUGAUUCAUCGUUACAUUGUAAAAGUUACAGAAGAUUUCAAUCGUCUAGACCAAUGUGGUGGUUUAUCGUAUUAUCAGAUUGUUAUACAAAAACAGGUUUAAAUGUUACGUAUUGGAUUUCAUUGACAAAUGGAUCACCAGGUAACAUAUGGAAAGAACAUCUUUCUGCGGAUGAAUUUUACAUACUACCAGAAUUAUUAAUAGCGGCUUGUAUUUAUGUAGUACUCGUCAUAUUAAGCUUUUACGUAGCUGUACAAUUACGUUCAAGAAGACUUUUACACGUUUCAUAUAAAUUAUUUAUGGGUUCUCUUCUUUGUCAAUUAAUGGGCAUAUUAUUAGAAAUUUACAGUUAUCUUAAUCUCGCAUUAAGAGGAGUUCUUAUAACUGGUGCUUCAUUAGUGGGUCAUCUUUUAGAAGCAUGUUCAGAAACGUUAUAUACAGUGCUUAUGUUAUUGUUAGCAUUUGGUUAUACAAUAACCAAAAGUACAUUGACACCUAAACAAAUUCGAUGGCUUACUUAUUUCAUUUGUCUUAGUGCAGCUUGUCAGCUGGCAUUGUACGUUUAUCAAUUUGAAAUCUUUGAUCCUGGUUUAAUCCUUUAUAUCUACGAAUCACCACCAGGUUAUGGUUUAGUAGCAUUGAAGUUAAUUGCAUGGAUUAUAUUUGUUCUUCGUUGUUUUAAAACAACUAAGAAGAUGACAAAGAAGGUCCAUUUUUAUGCCUCGCUACUUUCUUUAGGGUCAGCAUGGUUCCUGUGUCAUCCAUUAACGGUACUAUGUAUCACUGUGCUUGUAGACAAAUGGAUAAGGGAAAGCGUUGUAAGAGGAUGUUCACUUUGGAUUGUUCUUGUUGGACAUGCAACAUUUCUCUAUGUUACACGACCUACUAUUGCAAAUUCACGUUUUCCAUUUCACAUUAGAACAUGCCAAGUAGUUCCGAUUAGUGGUAAUGGACAAAAUCAUAGUUACGAGCCUCGAUUCAAAAAAGUAGUUUCAGCGUUUACAAUCUCAUGAUUGUUAUUAUAUCUCUUCCUUU